CACGGACGCGGCAAACACAAAUGCAGCCCUUUCGGAAAUAUUUAAACUCUGGGGCUGUCCUCUUAUCCUUCAAAGUGACAAUGGUCCUCCCUUUCAAGGAUCUUCAUUUGUAGAAUUCUGGGAAGCAAGAGGCGUACGAGUGAGAAAAUCAAUUCCGUUAAAUCCACAAACGAAUGGAUUAGUAGAGAGGCAGAACCAGGGCCUGAUAAAAGCUCUGGCAGCUUCACGAAUUGAUGGCACAAACUGGAGAAAAGCACUGCAGGAAUAUGUACAUAAACAUAACACCUUAGUGCCACAUUCACGCCUUGGAGUAACCCCAUUCGAGCUUAUGGUGGGGUGGAAAUUCCGUGGUACAUUUCCUAGUUUAUGGAGUCAGAGAUCUGAAACCUUAAUUGAUCACGAGGACGUACGCGAACGUGAUGCUGAAGCAAAACUUAAGGACAAAAUUUAUGCAGAUUCGGCACGCGGUGCAGCUGAGUCUAACAUCGACGUUGGUGACACUGUCCUAAUGGCUCAGCCCCGGAGAAAGAAAACCGAUCCGACGUUUUCCAAAGAACGAUUCAAAGUGUUAGCACGUCACGGAGCCAAAGUUGUAAUCGCGAGCCAAAGUGGUAUCCAAUAUUGCCGUAAAGUAGACGAUGUUAAAAAGGCACCUGUUCAAAUUUCUAAUACAACGGCAGCCGACGAAGAGGAUCUAGGUAAUUCGGAACCUGUUUUCACAGAACUACAACAGGGUCAGGAACAAAGUUCGACUGCAAAUAAAGUGGGUACACGGCAGCAGCAAGGUUGUAUAAUUCAACGUCCUUCGAAAUAUGACGAUUAUUUUGUUUAUUGCGUCUUUAAUUAGAGUGGAG